AUGAUCUGGAUCCUGAUCCCCAUAUUCGUAGUCCCGCUCGUGCUUCUUAUCUUCUUCCUCGCCCUCUCCUCCUGCCUUGGCGACCCUCUACGGCGCGGCAGCGGCAGCGGCAGAAGAGGAGGGCUCCUGAGGCCGUCGUACGGACGCACAUACCUUAACUCCAUCUCCAGCGGCGCCUGGGAGAACGUCGAGAUGGACCGCAUCGAGCGGGAGAGCGACGACGAGUUUGAUAUUCUGGAGGAGGAGGAGGAGGGCAUGUUGUAG